ACAUCGUCCUCCAAGGAGCCGCAGCAAUGAAGGCAAUAGUGCUCUCCGUCCUCUUCCUCUUUAUUGCAGCCAAUGAAGCCAAAGUGUUCUCCAGAUGUCAACUGGUUUCAAUUCUGAGGCGAAAUGGCAUGGAUGGAUAUCGUGGCUACAAGUUGGGCAACUGGAUCUGUAUGGCUUAUUAUGAGAGCGGAUACAACAGCCGAGCUGUGGGGUCAUCAAACUCAAAUGGCAGUCGUGACUAUGGGAUUUUCCAGAUAAACAGCCGUUGGUGGUGCAACAAUUACCAGGGUCCCACAGCUAAUGGCUGUAAUAAGCCUUGCAGUGCUUUCACAAAUGAUGACAUCAUCGAUGAUAUUACUUGUGCUAAAAGAAUUGUGCGUGAUCCCAAUGGGAUGAAUGCCUGGGUUGCCUGGAAAAAAAACUGCAAAGGAACAAAUCUGUCAAGAUGGACCAGUGGCUGCUAGCUCUGAGUUUGAUGAUCCUGCAUUUCUCUUCCUCCUUCUGUUAUGACAAUGAUAUUAUUCCUUAUAU